UCGCCAACAACUCCCGAACGGCCAGCGUUAAUGGCCAGCUGAGGGUUAUAUUGCCAAUAGACCAAUCAGAGUCCUGCGUCUGUGGGAAACGAAACACACGAGACCGACAUGUGAUGACGGCCCCAUGGAUGCUAAACUUAGCGUUUCGGACAUCCUUGCAAUGCUGCGACCGUAAGUGCGACUCUAUGAGGCAGGCGUUCAUCACGGAGUUGGGGGGGCACAUGGGGGAUGCAAUCCUGAAACGAUAUCGCGGCCCCAAGAUGCAUUAUUAUGGCGUCUUGACUCUUGAGGGCAGGGCAGACAAGCUAAUCGCGCGCACGCAGGCGCCAUCUGCUGCGACGACGACUCUUUUCACACUCCGUCGUCUAUUCCAUUUCUUACACCAUCUUACUACUGCUGUGCCUGUAGGAAAUUCCUUCCCUUUCUUCCUUUCUCUCCAAACUUUCUUUUCUUUUUCUAUUCCUAUCAAUUUCAUCUUGUCGCGUUUCAUUCGUCCAUCAACCUUUCUGUCAUCUUUUUCCCAAGUUCCCUUGGCUGUAUUCAUAUCACCGCGUCUCUUGUAUAGUUUCUUGAUCGGGUCGCUGGUCGAUACGCGAGCAACGAGGUCCCUCACUUCCAAUUGAGCACAUAAAGAAAGAUAUUCGAAGCAAGGGGUCACACCACAAGCACGUGUCAUUCCUAAGAAAACGACCCAAUCCACGAGGACCAUACGCCCGGACACGCACGAAGGCACCACUCAGGAGCAUUUCCCUUUUCUAGGUGCAGCGAUAAAGUAGCUAAAGAGUCGGGAGAAAAGCAUCAGAUAGGCGUGUGUAAGGCGCUUUGUGUAU